CGGCCACCACGAUGUCGCUCCCUCGGUCCAACUACGACCCGCGCAGGGUCUGUCUCAACCCGUUCCCGAACGUCUCUUUGGGAAAGCACAAGCGUACGAUUGGCAUAUAUCUUGCUGGCGCUCUGUUCGCGAUCGCCAACUGGGCGUUCCUCGACGCCGCCAUCCUUUCUGCGCAUGCGCAUUCUCCUCGCGGGGAGCCGGACAGACCUGUCCCUGUUCACGUUACCUUCGUGGAUUGGGUGCCCGGCAUCUUCUCGCUCGUUGGCCUGCUUAUCGUCAACCUCAUCGACAAGGACCGGAUCAAGGGCGACGAGGGCUUUGGAGAUGCCAGAGCUGUUUGGAGGGCACGACUCUUCUUGUUCAUUGGGUUUGCCAUGAUGGCCGGAGGCCUCGCGGGUUCAGUGACGGUGCUAGUGCUGAAAUACGUCCUGCAAGGGUAUCCCGAUCAGUACAACUACUACGGAUACGCAAACGUCUCGCAGAACAUCCUGCUUAUGCUCUCCGCUUUUGUAUUAUGGAUCGCGCAGAGCACGUCCGGCGAGUACGAGUACAAUCUCACCCUGUAGCCGAGUUUAUAGCCCAUUCACCGGGUAACUCCAUGCUGUCAAUGUAUCUUGAUUCGAAGCACGAAUGU